AUGCCAAAUCCUCUAGAGACAUGGUUCACAGAGAUACCACCUAUCACAAGAAUAUAUGUUUCUGCUGCUUGUUGUACUAGUAUUGCAGUGCAACUCGGCUUUAUACACCCUCUGCAAUUAUGGUUGAACUACGAGAGCAUCGCUCACGAUUUUCAGUGGUGGCGAUUAAUCACAAACUUCUUCUAUUUUGGCCCUUUAUCAAUAGAUUUUGGCUUUCAUAUAUUCUUUCUAGCAAGGUACAGCAGGAUGAUGGAAGAGGGCUUUUUCAGAAACAAACCAGCGGAUUAUGUAUGGCUCAUGGUGUUCUCGGCAAGUGUACUACUCGUUAUAUCCAUCAUAGUACCAUUUGCUUCUCUGCCUUUUAUGGGAUCCGCUCUCUCAUUUACCAUGGUUUACAUUUGGGCUAGAAGAAAUCCAUAUGUUCGCUUGAAUUUCCUGGGAUUACUCGUAUUCACAGCCCCCUAUUUACCAUGGGUUCUGUUGAUAUUUUCAUUGUGUUUGGGAGGCCAAAUACCUACAGGCGAUAUACUCGGUGUAUUGGUUGGACAUAUCUAUUACUUUUUUGAAGAUGUAUGGCCUCGUGAUCCAGUAAGCCAAGGAAAGAAAUGGCUCGCUACACCAAGGAUAAUUCGUUGGUUAGUGGAAGGAAACAGACCCAGAGAUGAUAGCAUUGAGAUUGGAACAGAGCAAGUGGAGGAAGAGGCAGAGGAAGCGGAGGAAGCACAGGAGGGGCAGCAUGCUGUGGUGCCUGGAUCAACAGCCGAUACUGUAUCUUCAGAGGAGCCAACGUUAAUGACAGGAGAUAGUCUAGAUGAAGGAGAUGACAUCCGGGGAGAUCCAAAAGAGGUAUUGCCAAGAUCUACAUCAGAGCUAUCAACCAAACCUACUACAACACCAUCACCAUCUACAACAACAACUAGCACAACACCCACUGCAUUAUCACCUAAACAAUCAGCCGUAAGCGGUAGCAGUUUGAACGAUGUACCUUCAAUAUAG